CUGAGUCGGACGCAAAUAGGGCGCUCGAGCCGGUGUCGCCUGCGGCGCUGAGAAGACCGUGUGGCCCGGGAGAGGGUGGAGACAACGGCUGUGACGGGCUUCCCGGCUGCCCGAAGUGGGAGUGGUGUGGGCUGCAGGAAGGAGAAAGGAAGAGGAGCAGAAGGGGGCAGCAGCGGCCGCCGCUAACGGCCUCCCUGGGCGCUGACAGGCUGGGCCGGCACCCGGCUUGCUCGCGAGUUCGCGCCGCCGCCUGGGCCCCCCGGCCCCUCGGGCCCCUGGCCUCGGACUUGCGGUGCGCGUCAGGGCGGAGGGCUGCCGCCGCGCCAGGAGAGGCCUGGUCCUCGCCACCAAGGGAUGUGAGUGGGAGCCCAGCCCGCACGGGAGGGCCCCCGAGGGCCCAGCCUGGCGGACGCUCGGACCCGGGUCCGCUCCGGGGCUUCGCGGACCUUGGCCCGCCGGAGCCGGAUAGGAACAGCUCCUGCGUGCUUGAGGGUGCUCCCUCGUCGCCUGAUCAGUGCAGCAGGUUUCGGAAGCAGGCAACGGGGACAAGAUGUGAAUUGUUUGUCUUCUGCCGAAAAAGAGGCCCUUCCUCCCCCUCCCGCGACGGCAAAUGUUCUGAAAAAGACUCUGCAUGGGAAUGGCUUGCCUUACAGUGACAGAAAUGGAAGGAACAUCCACGUCUUCUGUACAUCAAAAUGGUGAUAUUUCUGGAAAUGCCAAUUCUGUGAAGGAAAUAGAUCCAGUCCUUCAGGUGUAUCUUUACCAUUCCCCUGGGAAAGCUGAGGGAGAUUACCUGAAGUUUCCAACUGGGGAGUAUGUUGCAGAAGAAAUUUGUAUUGCUGCUUCUAAAGCUUGUGGUAUCACACCUGUGUAUCAUAAUAUGUUUGCUUUAAUGUGUGAAACAGAAAGGAUCUGGUAUCCACCCAACCAUGUCUUCCAUAUAGAUGAGUCAACCAGGCAUAAUGUACUCUACAGAAUAAGAUUUUACUUUCCUUACUGGUACUGCAGCGGCAGCAACAGAACCUAUCGGCAUGGGAUAUCUCGAGGUGCUGAAGCUCCUCUCCUUGAUGACUUUGUCAUGUCUUACCUUUUUGCUCAGUGGCGACAUGAUUUUGUGCAUGGUUGGAUAAAAGUACCUGUGACUCAUGAAACACAGGAAGAAUGUCUUGGGAUGGCGGUGUUAGACAUGAUGAGAAUAGCCAAAGAAAAGGAUCAAACUCCACUGGCCAUUUAUAACUCUAUCAGCUACAAGACAUUCUUACCAAAAUGUAUACGAGCAAAGAUCCAAGACUAUCAUAUUUUAACAAGGAAGCGAAUAAGGUACAGAUUUCGCAGAUUUAUUCAGCAAUUCAGCCAAUGCAAAGCCACUGCCAGAAACUUGAAACUUAAGUAUCUUAUAAAUCUGGAAACUCUUCAGUCUGCCUUCUACACAGAGCAAUUUGAAGUAAAAGAACCUGGAAGAGGUCCUUCAGGUGAGGAGAUUUUUGCAACCAUUAUAAUAACUGGAAACGGUGGAAUUCAGUGGUCAAGAGGGAAACAUAAAGAAAGUGAGACACUGACAGAACAGGAUUUACAGUUAUAUUGUGAUUUUCCUAAUAUUAUUGAUGUCAGUAUUAAGCAAGCAAACCAAGAAGGCUCAAAUGAAAGCAGAGUUGUAACUAUCCAUAAGCAAGAUGGUAAAAAUCUGUCUUUCUUUGAAGCAGCAAGCAUGAUGAGCCAGCUUUCUCACAAACAUUUGGUUUUAAAUUAUGGUGUAUGUGUCUGUGGAGAGGAGAUUUCUCCAGAUUAUGAACUAUUAACUGAAAAUGACAUGUUACCAAAUAUGAGGAUAGGUGCCCUAGGCUUUUCUGGUGCUUUUGAAGACAGGGACCCUACACAGUUUGAAGAGAGACACUUGAAAUUUCUACAGCAACUUGGCAAGUCCAAAACAUACAAAAACAUACAUAUACUGAAAUUUUCCCAUUUACUGGAAGAAGUUGAGGAAGAAUUCCACUUCAAAUUAAAUAUACAAAAAAACUCAUUGAAAAGUGGGUUUGUGUUUCAGGAAUUUAUGCGUAUGAUUGGCAAUGACAAACAAGGACAGAUGAUUGUGUUCCAUUUGAUAGAGCUCCUAAAGAAUAAUGGACGAUUACCAAGACCAGAUGGAUGCCCAGAUGAGAUUUAUAUGAUCAUGACAGAAUGCUGGAACAAUAACGUAAAUCAACGCCCCUCCUUUAGGGACCUAGCUCUUCGAGUGGAUCAAAUAAGGGACAACAUGGCUGGAUGAAAGAAAUGACCUUCAUUCUGAGACCAAAGUAGACUUACAGAACAAAGUGUUGUAUUUCAUAUUGUUGUGGACUAUUAUUACAUAUACCGUUAUUACCUAAAUCAUGAUGCUAGCCAGCAAAGAUGUGAAAAUAUCUACUCAAAACUUUCGAAGUUUAUUGAGUUUUUCUUCAUGAGGCCACCAGUAAAAGACAGUAAUGAAAAGUUCUUAGCAGGGAAUUUUGUAAAAAGUUUCAUGAACAUUAUCAGUCAGCUAACCUCACCCUUCUCUGAUAAAAGAAAAAAAAAAACAGACUUUUUUCAACUCAGCUUUUUGAGAGGUGAAAAAAUUACAAUGUAAAUUUUGCAGUGUUAAAGAUGCACAGAAAAUAUAUAUGUACAGUUUUUACCACAGUGGAAAAAUAAUAUCUUGGCAUCUUGUGUGAUGUUUUACACAAGGGCUGGUGUUCAUUAAUAAUGUUAUCUAAUUUUUUCAUAGUUGAUCUAUAAUAACUUCACUGUACAAAUUAAGAUGCUUAGGUAAUUGAAUAAGCACCUUUGUGUCCUUGUUCAGCUUUAUCACUGGCCAGCAAUAUAAGCAGGUGUAUACUUUUAGCUUGUAGUUCAUGUACUGUAAAUAUUUUUAAUGGAAAGGGAACAAAUGUCUAGUUUUAUUUGUAUAAGGAAAUUUCCCUAACCCUAAUUAAGAAUACAUUUUGAAAUAGAACAAGCUUACAAAGAUAUAACAUAAUCUAUUUU